AUGAGUCAAGCAGGCGGCGCGUCGCAGGCGGCCUCUGGCUACCCUCCUGACAUGAUCCGGCCAGAGAGAAUUGCGAACAUCCCCAUGCUGUCGGCCGAUCUCAAGGUCAAAUAUAGCGAGGGCUUGACCAAGCUAUGGAACGCGCUUGAAGCGAAUGCGCCUGGUAGCGAGACACAUACAAAGGCAACAACGAGGAUUAAGGACGUCUCGAGAGAGAUUAUGCGUCACAUCACAACCUGGAAAGCCAAUCAGACUCAGAAUCAGCAGAACCAGCAGCAGCGACCGCAAUCUCAGGCUCAGGUCCAGCAGCUUCCUAAUCAGCAGCAGCAGCAGCAGCAACCAGCUCAACAGCCGAUUCAGGCACAGCAGCCACAGCAACAGCAGGCGCAACCUACCCCUCAGCAGCAACAACAACCUGUACCCCAACAGCAGAUACCAAAUCAACAGCAGCUCCAGCAGCAACAACAUCAUCCUCAGCAGCCUCAGCAAAUUCCUCCCAAGCAGCAGCAGCAGCAGCAACAGCAGCAAGUACCUCAAGGCCAGGGCACAUUCCCGCUCGGCCAGCAAGCAAAGACCUUCUUGAACGGCUUCAAGGUCUUCCCUCCGAUGUCGAUUGUUCCCAAUACUCCGGAGUACGAGAACUACAAGAGGCUCAUCAUGGGUAACCUGACCAGACUUGUUACCAUGCAGGAGAGCAGCGUGAGUCGCUUUCAGCAGACGCACGAGAAGAUUUCUCAGCUGGAAGCAGCUGGACAGACGGCCACACCGGAAUUGGUCGCCGCUAGAGACUCCGCUAGAAUGGGCGUCCAGGAUGCCAGGACCAAAGUCGACGCCGUUCGUAAUGAGAACGAGAAGAACCGCAUGGCUUGGGCCGAAAAGUCCAAGCCGCCGCAGCAACAACAAAAUAAUUCGCAAACUCCCAUGCCGCAGCAGCAAGUCGCUUCGCCUUACAACCAGUCGGCUCAGGCCAACAACAAUCCCAACCAGGCCAUGAGCCCUGCCGUGCCCAAUCCCUACCAGCAGCAGCAGCAGCAACAACAACAAUCGAACGUACCCAUGCACCCUCAGCAGCAGCCCAUUGCUCGCCCUCCUAACCAACAACAACCCUAUCAAUCACCUGCAGCUCAGGGUCAAGGCCAGCCCCAGCCUCUCACUCACGCCGCCGCCAUCAACCAAGCUCAACGCACUUACUCGGAGCAACAGCAAGGACAAGGCACCCCUACUUCACAACCUGGAGGCCAAGCUUUCAACCACACUCAGAACACUGCCCUCAACGUCGGCAACCCCAAAUUCCCAAUCCCCAAGAACCUGCCAACCACCGGUCCUCACAACCCUGUCGCCAUGGGUCCAGCUCGCCCCACCUUUGGAGGCCCCAGCAAUGGCGCACCUGGUAUGAUGGGUCAACCUGCAGUCCAAAAGACGCCUCACUUCAUCCUCGAGGGAGAAGGCGACCGCGUGCUUAGCAAGAAAAAGUUGGACGAAUUGGUCAGACAAGUCACCGGCGGAGGUGAGGGCGACGGUCUCACACCCGACGUCGAAGAGUCCGUCCUCACUCUAGCAGACGACUUUGUCGACAGCGUCAUCACUGCCGCUUGUCGCCUAGCCAAGAUCAGACCAAACUCGACCCUCGACAUCCGCGACAUCCAAAUCAUCCUCGAGCGCAACUACAACAUCCGCGUGCCUGGCUACUCGCUCGAUGAAGUCCGCACUGUGCGCAAGUUCCAGCCCGCACCUGGAUGGACACAAAAGAUGAAUGCCGUGCAAGCCGCCAAAGUUAUGGGAAAGAACGACGCAUAG